AUGCUCCGAUUGCAGCAAGAGGAAGAGAAGCGACGGCAGAGGGACAAGGAGCAUGAGAGGAAGAAAAAGGAAGAAGAGAAAGAAAACGGCCAAGAAACAAAGAAACCACAGGAGGAAACAGUGAUGAAAGAGCAGGAGAGGAAGAAAAAAGACGAAGAAAAGGGGCAAGAAAGAAAGAAAAAGGAGGAAAAGGAAAGGGAGCAAGAAAAACGGAAAAAAGUUGAAAAGGAAGAGGAGCGGAAGAAAAAAGUCGAUGAGAAGGAAAAAGAGCAGGAAAGGAGGAAGAAGGUUGAGGACAGGGAAAAGAAGCAGGAGAAAAAGAAGGAGGCUGAGGAGAAGGAAAAGGAGCAAGAGCGGAAGAAAAAGAUUGAUGGUAAGGAAAAAGAGCAAGAAAAAAAGAAAAAAGUGGAUGAAAAAGGAAAGGAGCAGGAACGGAAAAGGAAGGAGAAGGAGAAGGAAAAGGAAAGGAAGAAAAAAGAGGAGGAAAAGGAAAAGGAGCAGGAGAGGAAGAAAAAAGAAGUGGCAAAAAAGAAACGAAGGGAACGAGUGGAAUCAAGUACAACGUCGAGCGAUGAAGUAUCAUCAUCAGAAGUGGAAAUGCAUUUAUUCUUAUCUUAA